AUGGAGAUUGAGUACCCAAAAUAUGAUACCCUUUUGUUUGAUCUUGAUGAUACUCUUUAUCCACUGAGCUCUGGGAUUGCUGAAGAAUGUGGGAAAAACAUCAAAGAUUUCAUGGUGGAGAAGCUUGGAAUCGACAAGAGUAAGAUCGUGGAGUUGUCUAAUUCAUGUUACAAGAAUUACGGAACUACCAUGUCCGGUCUCCGAGCCAUAGGUUAUGAGUUCGACUACGACGAGUAUCACAGUUUUAUACAUGGGAGACUACCUUAUGAAAACAUCAAGCCAGAUCCCAUUUUGAGAAGUCUUUUACUUAGCCUGCCUCUUCGCAAGAUCAUCUUCACGAACGCAGAUAAGUUACAUGCAGCUAGAGCUCUAGAGAGGCUAGGGUUAGAGGACUGUUUCGAAGGAAUAGUUUGCUUCGAAUCAUUAAACUCUACUAUUAGCGACAACAUUAACGUUAAUGACGAGAUCUUCGACAUCAUUGGAUACUUAUCCGAUCAUGAGAAGCCACUCUCCGAUUUGCCUAAAACACCUGUCGUCUGCAAACCGUCUGAAACCGCCAUAGUAAAGGCAAUUCAAAUCGCUAACGUUGACCCUAAAAAAACCUUGUUCUUCGAUGACAGUGUUCGAAACAUUCAAGCCGGUAAACGCGUUGGUUUGAACACUGUUCUGGUGGGGACUUCGCAGAAGGUGAAGUGUGCAGAUUUUGCGAUCGAGAACAUUCAUAACCUGAAGGAGGCAUUGCCGGAGCUCUGGGAAUCGGAGGCUAAGCCUGGAAAAGUUAGGUACUCCGGGGAGCUUCCAGUGGAAACUCCGGUGGUAGCGUGA